AUGGCGCCCAUCAAAUCCUGGCUCGCCAUCCCCGCCGACAGCGACUUCUCCCUGUCCAACAUCCCAUUCGGCAUCAUCACCUCUCGCGAAUCUCGGGAUCGAAAGAGACCAGCGGUAGCCAUUGGCGACCACGUCCUCGAUCUGCUGGCAUUCUCGCAAAGAAAUGGCUUUGCGGGAUCUUCGUUUGAAAAACAUAUCGAUGUCUUCUCAGAGCCCACCCUGAAUGCAUUCGCUGCACUGGGGAGACCGGUACACAGAGAAGUACGAGCAUAUCUGCAAGAUGUGUUCUCGGAAACUGGGAAGCAUGCCGGCGUGCUGAGGGACAACGAGGAGCUGAGGACUGCUGCGCUGUUGAACAAGGAGGAUACCAAGACGCAGUUGCCGAUGCAGAUUGGUGACUAUACGGAUUUCUUUGCUGGUAUCAACCAUGCUUUCAACGUCGGCACCAUGUUCCGCGGCCCAGCCAAUGCCCUCCAACCAAACUAUACCCACCUCCCCGUCGGCUACCACGGCCGGGCCUCGUCCGUCGUCGUCUCCGGGACGCCCAUCACGCGGCCAAACGGUCAGAUCUUGCUGGACCCAGCCGCGAAUCCCAAGAUUCCGAUCUUCGGGCCCUGCCGGCGCCUCGACAUUGAGCUCGAGCUUGGCUGCUUCCUCUGCAAGGGCAACGCGCUCGGCACCCCCAUUCGCAUUGCCGACGCCGAGUCCCAUAUAUUCGGGUACGUCCUGAUGAACGACUGGAGCGCCCGCGACAUUCAGACGUGGGAGUACGUUCCGCUGGGCCCGUUCAACGCCAAGAACUUUGGGACGACGGUCAGCGCGUGGGUGGUGCUCGCGGACGCGCUGGAGCCGUUCCGCGUCAAGACCUUGGACAACGUAACGGAAGUGCUGCCGCAUCUGAAGGGGAGCGAGCCGGCUACGGUAUUCGAUAUAAGGCUGGAGGUCGACUUGACAACGCCGGAAGGGGCCACGACGACCAUUUCGAAAGUCAGCGGAAAGAAUCUGCUGUGGAGCUUUCCGCAAAUGCUGGCGCACCAUUCUUCGGGCGGGUGUCCGAUGGCGGUAGGCGAUUUGCUGGGCAGCGGCACAAUCAGUGGCAAAAGCGAAGAUCGGAGUGAUCUGGGCAGUAUGCUAGAGAUGACCCAAGCUGGAAAACAAGAGAUCCAGCUCGCGGGGAUGGAUACGCGGAAAUUUCUGAAAGACGGCGAUGAGGUUGUUAUUCGCGGAAGCUGCGGCGAAGCUGGCGAGAAGAUUGGCUUUGGUACUUGCGAAGGAAAAGUCCAUAGCGCGCCCGUCUUUUGA